CAGCCAGCAGCUUCCCAGUUAUAGUAACCUACAACCUCCCAAAAUAUUCCUAAAAGAGAGAGCUAGAAGAGAGGGAAAGAACAAACAUACCUACCACCAAAUUACAAUGUCACCAACAAUCUCAUUCGAGUCAAAUGCCGGUUCGACCGAUUUCAUGGACCGAAUCAAGCCUGCCAAAUUUCAAGGCACACUUUGGGGGGGUCACUUUCUCAUGACCAAUAUCAGUGAGGAGGCUCAUCUGGCACAAGAGAAGGAGAGCAGGGAACAUGAAGUUCUGAAGGAAGAGGUGAGGAGGAUGGUGACAACCGAUGGAAUUAAUGGAGCAGUCGACGACGUUAGUGUUCAGGUCAUAACCCAGAAGCUACAUUUAAUAGAUGUAAUUCAACGAUUAGGGCUUGCAUAUCAUUUUGAGACGGAGAUUGAAGAAGCUCUGGAGAAAGUUUAUGUUCAUGGGGGAGAGUCAUUUAUUGAAAAGGACAGUAACAUUGAUUUGUACCAUGCGAGCCUUUGGUUUCGAUUGCUCCGGCAACAAGGAUUCCGUGUUUCCCCCGAUGGGUUCAAAAGUUUCAUGGAUGGUGAAGGGAAGUUCAAAGAAUUAUUGGCCUCAGACGAGCAAGGACUACUAAGUCUGUAUGAGGCAGCACAUGUGGCAUUCAAUGGAGAAGUUAUAUUGGACGAAGCCAUGGAGUUUGCAACCAAGAAUCUAGAGUUGAUGCUUCAGAAUCACAAGGGCUCUUCUUUAACGAAGAAGCAUGUCGAGUUUUCCCUCAACCUUCCCGUCUGGAAAUGUGUCCCCAGAACACUUGCAAGGCACUCAAUCGACGUUUACUCCCAAGACGAGAACGCCUGCCAUGAUCAAACAAUUAUCUUGAGGCUUGCAAAGUUGGACUUCAACAUGGUGCAGAAAUUCCACAAGCAAGAGCUUCACCAACUAUCAUUGUGGUGGGCGAGUCUUGAAACCACGACUAAAUUCACAUAUGCAAAAGACAGACUUGCGGAGUGCUAUUUUUGGAUCAAUGGUGCUUACUUCGAGCCCAAGUAUCAACUGGCAAGGAUCAUACUUGCCAAGAUCGGAUGCGUAGUGACCCUCUUGGACGACACCUAUGACAACUAUGGGAACUAUAAAGAACUUGAGCUACUUACACAAGCCAUUCAAAGGUUGGAUAUCGGUGGUCUGGAACUCCUUUCCGACAAGUUGAAGGAGGUGUAUCAGAUCGUCAUUGACCUGUUCGAAGACAUCGAGCAGGAACUCGCAAGAAGUGGAUUAAGUACUCUUGGUGUUGACUACUCUAAGGGACAGUUCAAGAAAAUGUGUUGGGCCUUCUUGGCUGAGGUCCGGUGGCGCACGACAGGUCAGGUCCCGGCUCUGGAGGAGUACUUAAUGGAUGCAAAUGUAACGAGCAGCUAUCCUUUUCACUGCACAGCUUCCUUCUUGGGAAUGGAAGCAGAGGCAGAGGCUGUCACCAAAGAGGCCUAUGAGUGGGUAACCAAUGAGACCAACAAGAUGGUCAUAGCAGCGUCUCUCAUUUGUAGGGUACAAAACGACAUUGUGUCUCACAAGUUCGAGCGAAAGAGGAAGCACGCGGCUUCAGCAGUGGAGUGUUACAUGAAGGAGCAUGACGUCUCUCAAGAGGAUGCGGUUGAUGUGCUGUGGGAAGAGAUUUCGAAAUCUUGGAAAACCAUCAUUAAGGAAUGUGAGAAACCAACUCAAUUUUCUACGGUUGUGACAGAUCGAGUUCUCAACUUUGCUCGCGUCAUCAGUGUGAUGUACGGGAACGGUGAUGCUUUCACUCACCCCCAUCUUCUCAAGGGUCACAUUGCUUCCUUGUUCGCCAACCCUGUGCCGCUUUGAACCACGUCUAAGAUAAUAUAUUUCUUCCUAAAGUUCAUUGUUCCAACGCCCUCUUCACGUCUUUCUUGUGCCGCUUUGAUUCGUGUCAGGUUCCGUCGUCGUUUGGAUCCUUUAUCUAUGUAUCUGUGUGAACUCUGAAGGUCCGACCUUCGCCGCCUAUAUAUAUAUAUAUAUAUGAGAGUUGAAUGAGAUUUGGGUGUCGUGUGGUUUCUCAAAUGGUGAAAUUGAUGUAAACAAUUUGAUGUAUUGUGAUCAAUUGAUGUAUUAAUAAAUUUGGUUUAUUAUA